AUGUCAUCGCAAGGUGAAUCAUUUUCUCAACGAACUGCGUUUCAUACCGCUGGUAGUCGUAAACCUAUUGAAGUGAAUCAACAAUCAUUAGCUCGUGUCGCUCAGAUUCUAGGUGCUGUAGCUAAAGAAGAAGAUGAUACUAAACCAUCCGAAUAUGAAAAUGAAUUUGAUGGUGAUGAAGUCGAUGAUGAUCUUGUAUUUAGUACAGUUCCACAACGAUCAUUAAAUCCAACAACAACACAAAUACAUUUUGAUGAAAUUGAUGAUGAUGAAAUGCGUCGUUUUGCUGAAUCAUUUGAACAAGAACAACAAGAUGUUAAAAUGGAUGACAAUAAUCAACUAGAUGAUAAUGAAGAUGAUAUUGAUGAUGAUGCUGAUCAACUUUGUGAAGAUUAUGCACUUAAAAUGCAAACACCAACAAAAUCAGUACAUAUAGAAAAUAAAAAAAGAAAAGAACCAUGUAUUGAAGAUCUCGAUGCACUUUUAAAUGAUGAUGAUAGUGAUAGUAAUGACAAUAAUGAAAAAAAUCAAAUGGAACAACAACAAAUGUCACCUGUAUUUAAAAAAAAAUUAUAA